AUGUCAAACAAGAAAUCACAUAAGUCCAUUAAUAUUCCAUGUGAUAUCCUAUUUUGCAUUCUUAGUAGGCUACGUGCCAAAUCUUUGUUACGUUUUCGAUCUGUUUCUAAGCCAUGGAAUGCUAUAAUAUCCGACAAAGGAUUCAAGAAAGCUCAAUGUGAUCAAUCCAAAGAAUUGGGACGUGAGAAGUUGUUGUUACAGAUUUAUUAUAGUGACAAAUUUGAGUUUAUAAACUUAGAAAACCCCCAAUUUGCCAUAGAAAAGCAACAAUUUCCUCUAAAGGGAUUUGAACGUGCUAAUGUCUUAUGCUCAUAUGAUGGUUUGGUAUUAUUAAAGAAACGUAGGGCUUACAAGACGUUUGUUUUGUGGAAUCCUUCAACUAGACAAUGCCAAACUCUUGAAUGUCCAUAUCUGAGCAGCUACACAUGUUCUCGUUCUUGUGGUUUGUGUUAUGAUUCUACCGCUGAUGAUUACAAGGUUAUAUUGAUUUAUACGUCGUUUUAUACUGUUUGCUCUGUGAAUAGCAACGAUUGGAAGAAAAAGGAAAAUCUCCAUAUGUUAGAGCAACGUGUCCCAAGUUUAUGUGGAAUUAGCACCGAGGGUUGUGUAUUCUGGUCGCUGAAUCGAGCACCUGAUCCAUUUGUUAGUACAACUUCUAAGGUUAUAUAUUUUGAUGUGAAGUCAGACGAACUGAAGGAGUUUCCAGUACCAAAUUUUGUAGGUGAUAAUGACUUGUUUCAAUUGGCUACUUUGAAAGGUUCCCUUUGCUUAUACGGCGGCAAAAUUAAUAAUGACAUAUAUUGUAAAGAUUUGGAAGUGGACAUGUGGAUAAUGAAACAAGAUGGAUGGAAAUGGUUAAUGAAACUUCGCGAUGUACCGGCAGAAUUUUGCGAGAGUUAUUUUGUAAAAUAUAGUAGGCCUUUGCAUUACACCAGGAAUGGCAAAAUUGUAUUUCAAGGACCAAAGAUUGCAAGGUUGUAUAUUGCAUAG